UAGGAGCCCGAGGAGGGCGGAGAAAGGGGCGAGGCCUCCCCGCGGGAUGGAGGCCCGCUCAAAGGCGCUUGUGGGUUUGGUGUGUUAGAACGCCGGUGGUGAUGUCAUUGGCAACCAAUCAAAAACUUAAAAGUGCUAGCCCGGGCCCGCUUGGAGCAGCGGCUCUCUAUUUACAUGUAAACCUAGGCAGCAGUACGCGGUUAACCCUUCCCGGGACUGAAGUGUCAAUGGCUUGCUCUGGUCGCUCCGGCUGAAACUGGUUCUUCUGACCCUCCCUCGCCCCCUGGUGCGGACAUCAGCCUCACGGGGUCUCCAUUCCACCUUUUGACUCCAAGUGGAGUGUCCGUCCAACUUUCCCGAGGCCGGAGACGACUCGAAGCCGGGUCCCUCCAUGGCUGUGGCUGCGCCGCGCGGGAUGUGAGCUUGCACAGGGCCGGCCUCCCCGCAGCCCCGCUUGGCCCGGCCCGCAGAUGUCGCUGCCCCUCCGGCUGCCCUACUGUUCUCCCGCGCGGCGGCUGCGCGCCGUGCUCCUGUUCCCCUACUUCCGUGCCCCUGUCACUCCUCCGCCGUCCCCAGCCUGUUCUCAGGAGCCCGACUCCGAACCCGAAGGCGGCACUCCGGAGAGCUACACGGAGGAGGACGCCUGGCUCAGUUCGGGUAGCCACUGGGGGCCCGUGCUGAGCAGCGGCAGCGUGGGCUCCGUCCCGCAGAGCUGGGCGUGGCCGGGCCCUCCGAACACCCCGCAAGCUCCGCAGCCUCGGCACCGACCUUCUCCCACCGCGGUCCCGGCUUCUUCCUCGGCCACCUCCCCUGCCGCGAUGUUUUGGAGCCCUCAGUCCAUCCGCCCCCUGGCGCUGGGUCGCCCCCGGCCCUCAGUGGCGCAGGGCCCUCGGCGAGCCAAGGAGCGCCAGCCUGGAACAGCAAGCGCCGGCGGGAAGGAGCCAGAGCUCGGGGUGAACAGCCAGAAUGAGCGGCGCUUGAGGAGCGUGGAAGGGCCCACGCCAGCUCUCCCUGUUCCCAGAACUUUGUCCAUCAGAGGGGUCGCUGGUCGUGGCAUGUGCCCGGUGAAGAGAAGUGGGAAGCUGAGCAAGCCUGCCAGCGCCUUGCCAGAAAAAUACCAGGGAAGGUGCAGAAGAGUGACCCUGGAAUUCAAAGGAGUGGAAAAGCCCUGAUGAAGUGUGAAGAAGUUGCAUCAAAGAAUCCUAAAGCAAUAGAGCUUUUUAUACCUCCCUACCCCCUCAGAGAGGAAGACCAAAAUGUGAAGUAAUUGAAGUGAAAUAAAACAUUAUCAGCUCUGUGG